CCAGCCCUGUGCCAAGCUUAGGAAUGGAUGCCAGGGUGAGUAGGACCCAGGCUUCAGCUAGGGCCAGGAAGGGAGUGAGACACAGAAACCACCAAUAGGAAAGAUGCAAGCCUCUCGAGGUCUGCUCCCUUCAGUUUCUCGGAAUGUCCCUGUUUUAUAAAAAGAAGCAGACGUUCCUCUUCUUUUUCCAUACCUACACUCUUUCGCUUUCAUUUUCUCUGGGCACUGCACCAGCCCACGUCCCUGGACCAUGUGACAGUGGCAGAAUGGAACCUGCUGAGAGAUUCUCUCUGCUGCUUGGGAACCCGCUCAGGGCUUGAAGCUCCCAGAGAUCGCGUCCCCUCGAAUUCCCAGAACCCAGAGUCUGAGGGCUGAGGCCAGAGCAAGCCGUUGGCAGAGGCAACAGCAUGUUGUGAAAUGUGCACGCAGGAGGCGUUCCAGGCGCAGAGGAGCCAGCUGGUGGGGCUGCUCGUCUCGGGGUCCCUGGAGGGCUUUGAGAGUGUCCUGGACUGGCUGCUUUCCUGGGAAGUCCUCUCCCGGGAAGACUACGAGACCCUCAGCCUCCUGGGCCAGCCCCUCUCCCACUUGGCCAGGUGCCUUCUGGACACUGUCUGGAAGAAGGGUGCCUGGGGCUGUGAACAGCUCAUCGCGGCUGUCCAGGAGGCCCAGGCCGACAGCCAGUCCCCCGAGCUUCCUUGUGGCUGGGACCCCCACUCAGCCCACCCAGCCCGUGACUUGCAGAGUCACCGGCCAGCCAUUGUCAGGAGACUCUACAGCCAUGUGGAGGGCGUGCUGGACCUGGCGCAUGAGCGGGGCUUUGUCAGCCGGUACGAAUGUGAUGAAAUCAGGUUGCCCAUCUUCACGUCAUCCCAGCGGGCAAGAAGGCUCCUCGAUCUUGCCACAGUGAAGGCGAAUGGAUUGGCUGCCUUCCUUCUACAACAUGUUCAGGAAUUACCAGUCCAGUUAGCCCUGCCUUUCGAAGAUGCCGCCUGUAAGAAGUACAUGUCCAAGCUGAGGACCACGGUGUCUGCUCAGGCCCGCUUUCUGAACACCUACGACGGGGCAGAAAAUCUUUGCCUGGAGGAAAUAUACACAGAGAACGUUCUGGAGAUCCGGACGGAGGUGGGCAUGACUGGAGCCCCGCAGAAGAGCCCUGCCACCCUGGGCCUGGAGGACCUCUUCAGCACCCCCGGCCACCUCAACAAGGAUGCGGACACCGUGCUGGUAGUGGGCGAGGCGGGCAGCGGCAAGAGCACGCUCCUGCAGCGGCUGCACCUGCUGUGGGCCACGGGGCGGGACUUCCAGGAGUUUCUCUUUGUCUUCCCGUUCAGCUGCCGGCAGCUGCAGUGCGUGGCGAAGCCGCUCUCCGUGCGCGCGCUGCUCUUCGAGCACUGCUGUUGGCCGGACCUUGGCCAGCAGGACGUCUUCCAGUUCCUCCUUGACCACCCCGACCGCGUCCUCCUCACCUUCGACGGCUUUGACGAGUUCAGGUUCAGGUUCACGGAUCGCGAGCGUCACUGCUCUCCCACCGACCCCGUGUCUGUCCAGAGUCUGCUCUUCAACCUUCUGCAGGGCAACCUGCUGAAGAACGCCCGCAAGGUGCUGACCAGCCGUCCCGACGCGGUGUCGGCGUUCCUCAGGAAGUACGUACGCACGGAACUCAGCCUCAAGGGCUUCUCGGAAGAGGGCAUCGAGCUGUACCUGAGGAAGUGCCAUCGCGAGCCCGGGGUGGCCGACCGCCUCAUCUGCCUGCUCAAAGCGACCUCAGCCCUGCACGGUUUGUGCCACCUUCCUGUCGUUUCGUGGAUGGUGUCCAAGUGCCACCAGGAGCUGUUGCUGCAGGGCGGGGGGUCCCCGAAGACCACCACGGAUAUGUACCUGCUGAUCCUGCAGCAUUUCCUGCUGCAUGCCUCCCCAGCAGACUCAGCCCCCCACGAUCCGGGACCUGGCCUGCUUCGAGGCAGGCUCCCCACCAUCCUGCACCUCGGCCAGCUGGCCCUCUGGGGCCUGGGCACGUGCUGCUAUGUGUUCUCCGCCAAGCAGCUCCAGGCAGCACACGUCGACAGUGAGGACAUUUCUCUCGGCUUCCUGGUGCGGGCCAAAAGGGUUGUGCCAGGCAGCGUGGCCCCCCUGGAAUUCCUGCACAUCACUUUCCAGUGCUUUUUUGCUGCGUUCUACCUCGUACUCAGUGCUGACACGCCACCGUCCUCGCUCAGAUACCUCUUCAAUUGUCGCAGGCCAGGCAGCUCGCUGCUGGCCAGGCUGCUGCCCACCAUGUGCGUGCAGGGCUCGCGGUGCAGGGAGGGCAGCGUGGAAGCUUUGCUGCAGGGGGCCGAGCCUCACAACCUCCAGAUCACAGUGGCCUUCCUGGCAGGGCUGUUGUCCCGGGAGCACCGGGGCCUGCUGGCCGAGUGCCAGGGGUCUGAGAAGGCCCUGCUCCGGCGCCAGGCCUGUGCCCAGUGGUGUCUGGCCCGCAGUCUCCACAAGCAUUUCCACUCCAUCCCGCCAGCUGUGCCGGGCGAGGCCAAGAGCAUGCACGCCAUGCCCGAGUUCGUCUGGCUCAUCCGGAGCCUGUACGAGAUGCAGGAGGAGCGGCUGGCGAAGGAGGCUGUGCGUGGGCUGGACGUCGGACACCUUAAGCUCACGUUUUGCAGCGUGGGCCCGGCCGAGUGUGCCGCCCUGGCCUUCGUGCUGCGGCACCUCCGGCGGCCUGUGGCCUUGCAGCUGGACCACAACUCUGUGGGCGACGUUGGCGUGGAGCAGCUGCUGCCUUGCCUCGGCAGCUGCACAGCUCUGUACUUGCGAGAUAAUAAUAUCUCAGACCGAGGCAUCUGCAAGCUCAUCGAACAUGCCCUUCACUGUGAAAAGCUGCAGAAGUUAGCUCUAUUCAACAACAAAUUGACGGAUGGCUGUGCACACUCCAUGGCCAGGCUCCUUGCGUGCAAGCAGAACUUCUUGGCAUUGAGGCUGGGGAAUAACCACAUCACUGCCGCGGGCGCCGUGGUGCUGGCUGAGGGUCUCCGAGCCAACACUUCCCUGCAGUUCCUGGGGUUCUGGGGCAACAAGGUGGGCGACAAGGGGGCCCAGGCCUUGGCUGAAGCCUUGGGUGGUCACCCCAGCUUGAAGUGGCUCAGCCUGGUGGGGAACAGCAUUGGCAGUGUGGGUGCUCAAGCCUUGGCGUUGAUGCUGGAAAAGAACGUGGCCCUGGAAGAACUCUGUCUGGAGGAGAACCAUCUCCAGGAUGAAGGUGUGUGUUCUCUCGCCGAAGGACUUAAGAGAAAUUCGAGUCUGAAAGUCCUGAAGCUGUCCAACAACUGUAUCACCUACCUUGGGGCAGAAGCCCUCCUGCACACCCUUGAAAGGAAUGACAUCAUCCUGGAAGUCUGGCUCCGAGGAAACACUUUCUCUCCAGAGGAAAUUGAGAAGCUCAGCCACAGGGACACCAGACUGCUGCUUUGAUGUCUCCCGGCCAACGUUCGUCUCAGUUUGUUUGUGAGCAGGCCUUGGCUUUGGAGCCCAGCGGCUGGGUUACAGCCAGCAGCAGCCGGAUCUGACAGAUCCCUGUCCUGCCCAGGGCGAAUACAAUAGGUCACCUUUGUUCUGGCAGAGGAAGGAGCAUCGCUGCCCUUCAGAAUAGACUUUUCCAAAGCCUACUUUUGCCAUCAAGUUCUUCCCAAGAUUAAAUCCAUGGGAAGUUGAGGGGGGAGCCGCCCCUCUACAUUACGGGGCUAGCUUCCAGCUGAUCUGAUGUGGGUCUGUGGGGCCCACGGGUGUUACCGAGUGUUUAUUGGUGUAGAGACCUGGAUCCACGUGAAAGGCUCCUGCCUGCUUUUCUCACAAUGAAGAGGGAGAUUCAGGAAGAAGCUUUCUGCCACGUCUCAACUCGUGGGUCCUCCAUCCAGGCUGUUCCAGCGUGUGGUUCCUCCGCUCAUCCUGGACCCCUGCACAUGGCACUUCCUCCAUGGCUGAGAAUUCAAAAUAUUGGUGUUCUCAGCUUUGAUAUUUCCCUUAUAGCCACUCCCUACCCCCUACUUUCGUUACCCAGGGUGGGAGGGGCUACAAUUUACCCUGCUUUCCUUUCUGGUAUUAUUGGAAGGGGACACAUGGCAGCCAUUUAUUCCCUAAGACAUUCUAUAUUUGCAAGAAAAAUACAACCACACUACAGCUGGUAUCACACUUGGACUUUUAUUUCCAGUGAAAUCAAUUACUCUUUGGUUAAGACUUUGGAAGCCAGCCCUGGCGGUCUAGUGGUUAAGCUUUGGCGCUCUUACUGCCAGGGCCUGGGUUCGUUUCCCGGUCAGGGAACCACAUCACCUGUCUGUUGGUUGUCAUACUGUGGCGGCUGCAUGUGGCUGUGACGCUGAAAGCUAUGCCACCGGUGUUUCAAAUACCAGCGGGGUCACCCAUGGUGGACAGGUUUCAGUGGAGCUUCCAGACUGAGACAGAGUAGGAAGAAGGACCCAGCCACCCACUUCUGAAAAAAUUGUCCAUGAAAACCCUGUGAACAGCAGCGGAGUAUUGUCUGAUACAGCGCCAGAAGAUGAGAGGAUGGUGCAAAAAGACCCAGCAGGGUUCCCCGCUCUGCUGUACACGGGGUCGCUAGGAGUCAGAAUUGACUUGAUGGCACUAACAACAAUAAGCCUUUGGAAACAACUCCCCAUCCAAAUGCAGCCUUUUAAAAUUAAUCUGGACCAGAAUUUUGAGCAGCCCCACCAGGUCUCUGAUUGAUGCCUGUGAACUGAACUCUUGACAGCAGACUUCCAAAAUAUAUUCAUAAGAGAUGGUUCCAUUUUAUUUGUGCCAGAAUGCUUUAGGAUAUAAAGUUAUGGAUCAAAAGUUUACAGGGACAAAAUCAAAGGCCCUUCCUUAUAAAGUACCUGUUUUUCUGGAUUUUUCAAAAGGAUGCAUGUCGAAGCCUUUGUAAACUGUCAAAUGCUGUGCAAGUGUUAUUAUUUUAAACAUUAUUAUUUGUGAAAACUGGUUAAUAUUUAUAAACCACUUUGUUUUAUUCUCCGAAGAUUAUAUUUUUAUAAAAAACACGACUAUGAAUUUUAUGCUGUAAAUAAUCACAGAGGAGAAAACUAUUGUCACCAAAGCUAUCUUCAUUGUGACCAAACAUUUUUAAAUAUUCUUGAAAUGUAUCAGCUAUUAAAGCACAAUUUUCUACUCAA